CCGUGCCGAGCUCCCGUCGCCGCUGCUCUGCCCGCGCUCGGUGUUCCGUUUCUCUCCAUUGUCGCCUGUUCUAUUUCUGUGGCCGCGCUACCCUAUUUAUAUUCGGAGAAGCCGCAGCUGAACGCUCGUCUUGUGUUCCUCGUUCGUCCCCCCUUGGUCCCGCUCUCGCUGCUCGCAGCUCUCCGUGCCCGGGUGGCUGCCGCCGGCUCUGCCGCCUGUCUGUGCCUCGGUCCCCGCCGAACGCCGCCUUCCCCGCUGUUUUUACACGGUGUGCGCUCUCUGUGCUCUGUCGAUCGGUUUCGGUGUUGCUGCCCGCCGGAUGAGGCAAAGCCACCCGCUGUGCCACGUUUUGGAGUCCCCCCGUUGUCAGAUUGCUGCGCUGUACAAGCAGCAGCAUACUGUUCUAUUUCAGCUCCCUGUAAACAGGAGUGCCGGGUUUUCGAGGCCUGAUCCCUUACAGCUGUCUUCCAGCAUUAAGUUCUGAGCCGUGCAGUAACAGCCAACCCCAGUGAAGAUAUUUUCUCUUCCAAACAUGUCACCCCAUAAUCCCCUCAGACUGCCUAAGGCUGCAGUGAGCUUCUCGCCUGGCUCCCACAUGGCAGAUGAGGGUCAGGGUGGUAACGUCCCCUUUCCUUCUUAGAAGACAGCGAGGCUUAAUGGAGCUGAAGAAAAAUGUCCAUAACUUUCCUCCUUCAGAUAACUGUUGGGUUCCUAUAGAUGAGCUUCACAUCAUGGCUGUUGCAGCUGUCUCACUUCCACUGUCCCUUCAGCUGGUUCAGACGUCGGUGGGGAUGGAAUGGUAUCAGCAGUCCUAUUUAGCUCACUUACUGCUGCUCAAGGUGGAUGACUGUCCGUAAUGUGGAUGUAACAUUUCAGCAUUAUUUAUCUGCCCGUUACUGGUGUAGCAGAGUUUGGUAUCUGAUAUGCUGCAUAAAGGACCCUGCUAUCAGUUUAAGGAGAUGAAACAAUCUUACAGAACUGAUGUUCUUAUGAAACUUCCUCCAAGAAGCACAGCAGGGGGUGAAAAUGGGAGAGGAAUCAAACAGCAAGCAAAGCCCCUAGGCAGUGGGAGGCUGUGGAAGAAACCACACUGUAUUCCCCAACAGUAACACAGUUUAAAUACCUAGUUGUAUUUUCUGAACUUGAAGGGUAUUUGCAAACCACCACAGUACCAGUGAGGAAUCCUCCAAUCCCCUUCAUUUAUAUAAAGAUUAAGAAUUACUGUUCUAUUUUACAGGUUAUCUUAUGAAUGCAAGAGCUGAACAGAUUGCUCAUGAAUUCUAGAGGGCACCUAGGUUGAAGCAAUGGAGAAAAUGGAGCUGUGGAGAUGUCUCGCAAGAGUCCUUUUGCCUCCUGGCUUUGUGCCAUGCUCCACUGCUUUGGAAGUUACAUCCUCGCUGAUCUGCUGCUUGGAGAGUCACCUAUUCAUUACUUCAGUAACAACUCCAGUGUCAUCCUGGCCACAGCAGUGUGGUAUUUGAUAUUCUUCUGCCCCAUGAACCUCUUCUACAAGUGUGUUAGCUUUCUGCCUGUGAAGCUCAUCUUUGUGGCUAUGAAGGAGGUGGUCAGAGUUCGCAAAAUUGCGGCCGGCGUCCACCAUGCUCAUCACCAGUACCACCACGGCUGGUUCAUCAUGAUGGCCACUGGAUGGGUCAAAGGUUCUGGUGUUGCUUUGAUGUCUAACUUUGAGCAACUGCUGCGUGGGGUCUGGAAGCCAGAAACAAAUGAAAUUCUUCACAUGUCUUUCCCUACAAAAGCCAGUCUGUAUGGCACAGUUCUUUUCACUUUGCAACAAACUCAUUGGCUCCCUGUCUCUGAAGCCAACCUCAUCUUCUUUUUCACCAUGUUUAUGAUAGUUUGCAAGGUUUUCAUGACGGCAACUCAUUCUCACGCCUCACCUUUUGCUCCAGUGGAAAGCUUCAUCUGCCCAGUUUUCUUUGGCUCUGUUUCUGGCGGACACACCGGCCAUCAUAAUCAGCAUGGGCACUCCCACGAGGCUUCCUAUCAGCCACCUCCUCCUGUGAAGUCAAAAGAGGAGCUAAAUGAAGGCACAAGGAAACGAAAAGCAAAAAAAGCUGAAUAAAAAAGCAACCAAACAGUAAACAGGCCAAGAAAAUUCCUCCAGAGCUGUGUCUCAAAGCCGCCUGCAGUCUCCUUUAUCCUCCAGUCCUCUCACGGACUUCAGAGGAGAGGUGGAAGUGAAGACACUGCCAGGCAAUUCCCUGAAUUUCAGUUGUGCUCUCUGUGCUGCUCCUUGCUUCUUGGUCUCUAUCUCUCUAUUCUGAUCAUAUUUUCAGGGAUUUAUAGAUUUGUGCCAGGAUGAUAAAUGGGUGCCAGUUCCCAGCUGGCAAUUAUGUCAGCAAUUAUGAUGCAUCAUCUUUCACUGUGUUUAUUUAUGAAUGGAAGUAUGGUUUGUGCUCCCACAACUGUUCCUGUGAGUUUUCAUUGGCCUUUUUGAUGUCCCCCAGAACAACAAACUGUUUAGACACAAUCAGUGUGGAAAUUGGAUUUCAUGCUCGAGGAAAUUAAAUGGUCUGUUACAACCCUGAUCUAUUUUUCCCAGCUCCUGCCUCUGCCAUGUCUCCAAAUAACAUGAUAUUCUGUGUGCAAUAAGGAAAACAGCUCUGGUGUCCUGGCCAAAUUCUACUCUGAAAUUACAUUUUUCUCAUCCAAGUUCCCUCUGAUUCUUAAUGAAUGGUCACUUUCUUAACUAAGACUUUGUUUGCAGGACCCUUGAAGCUGUAAAAUGCUCUUAAAUGCUAUCUAUUGGUACUGUUAUUAUUUUAAACUGUUUUGUAGUGUUGAUGCUCUGUUUGCAAUUGUGUGUUUCACCUCAAACCUGAUUGUCUUUACUUGAGAAAGAAGCAUGUUUUUGGUUUGUUUGUAAUCCUGUGGGAUAUAAGAAGGGUACGUGAGUGUAAAUAGGUAUUUAUUACUAUUUAUUUAUAACUGUCAGGGCACCUAAUUAAUGGACCUGAAACUGCUUUUUAAAUCUUUGCAUCUUUACAUCAGGAGAAUUGGAUACUUCUAAGUCUGGGCUGUGCUUGAAGUGGUGAUUUUGGUGUGCUGGGGGCAGCCUGAACGCUGACUGUACGCAGGAGGAAACGUUUCUUAUAUUCUUAAAGAAGGUUAGAAAGGCUGAAGAAAUAGAUUUCACACCAGCUGAUUAGAAGUACUUUAAUGGACUAAUAAGAGAGCGCCAGCUUAAGAAACAGAGUUUCCUUUGUAGGUCCCUUUUUGCCAAACUACUGAUCUGUGCCCAAUGAGGGAGGGAGAAUGUGAAAUGCCUUGCAUGGCUCGGAGCAGUCAGUCAGCUUGCUCAUGUUCUGCUGAAUGAAUACUGGCUUUUAGAUUAGUUUGAAGCUGUUCCUGUAACAGAUUUUGUUCUUAAAAGUGUCAUCUUAAGCAUUGUGCCCUGGAGACCUUAACUCAUUCUGAGGUGGGUUUUUAUCACUGAUGGCCAGGAUCACUGCAGUGCUAAAAGUAUGCUGGGGGGUGUAGUACUGGGCUUUCAGCUAAGCAGGGUGUCACCAUCCCUAGCAAUAAGGCUUGCUGCUGUCGCCUUGCAAUGAGGAAUAGAAAUUGAAGGAUUUAAGAACAGUCAUUGCUUGGUUGUUGUUUUGUUGGUUUUUUUGUGUGUGUGUCCCUAUUCCAAAAUUGAAACUCUGGUAUUAAUUUUGGAAAAAAGAAUUAUUAUAUACAACCAGAUAAAAGCCAGUAAGAGGUCAAAUGAUUUGUAGGUUGGGUUCUUAAAGUGCCUUAACUUUGUGAGUUUCCCUCAGAAGAAAACAGCUUCUACCUGACAACAGUCUGGUUUUGCAAAUACUGGUCUACAAAAACCUGAUGUAUCACUGACAUGCAUAUAAAGAAUGGUUUAUGAGAUGUCUGAUUCAAGGGGAAAUUUGUUAUAUAAAAGCCCUUAACAAAAUAAAAAUUGUGAAGUGACUCUGAUUGUCCAAUGGCA